GUUUCACUUUCACUGCGGCCUCCUACGCUAUUGGCCAGUAUCGGAGCUCGUAUUCCUUCUGUGACACACUGCGAGCCAACGAGGAAGUGGCUGUUUGCGAGAUAAAAUCAUGGCUUUUAUUGAGAGCUUCUUAUAUGAGCAGCCGGCAGUGGCGAGCCAGUCAUUCCUCAGGUGAGUACUUGCACACAAUCCCGCGGGUCUAGCCUGAGCUGGUUUUGAUAACCACAAAGUUUAGCAACGUCCUAAUAUGUGAUGCCAUCUUGGUCCAGCUUGGAUCACCAAAUGAGCAACUAUGUUGAAAGACAUUGUUAUUACAGAGCACCCAGUGUGUGCCUGUGUUCCCAGAGACUUCCCCCUCACCCUGCGCUGCCGAGCCCAGGGCUCUUCAUCUCUCUACUAUCAGUGGUUUCUGCAUUCUGAGACUUUUUGUAAAGAAAUUCCUGGGGCUAACCAGCCAGAUCUCCACAUUGUGGCACAACAAACACAGUUGUAUAUCUGUCGAGUAAAUGAUCAGCAUCACCACAUUGCAUUCAGUCACUGGGUAAAAGUCAAAGUCCUGAAAGAUAUCAAUAAAGAUUUUGUACCGCAUGGAUGGGAGGGUGACCCGAUCUUCAUAAUGAACCCAAACCCUGUUCACCUGACAUCCCAACAACCAGUGCAAUUACAGUGUUGUGCCAUAGGGAUCCCAGCCCCCAAGUACCAGUGGUAUCAGAAUGGACAAUGUUUGCCACAUAGAAGAGGGAGGAAGAUGCAGAUAAAAGCUGUAAAGCCAAAGGACUGUGGAAGUUACCUGUGCUGUGCCACUAAUUCCAAAGGGGAGAGGUGGAGUGAACCUGUUGAACUCACACGUGGACACUGCCCUUCAAGACAGGAUAUUUAUUUUGCGGCAGGGAAAGUUGCUUUAAUAAUUGGCAACAAUUGUUACUUGAACCAUCCCAACCUCCUGGCCCCAGUGGUAGACGUGUGUGAGCUAUCCAUUCUUCUUAAGAAGCUGGGGUUCUUUGUGAUAUCACUGGUGGACUUGACCCAUAGUGAAAUGCUGACAGCAGUUAACAAGUUCCUUCAGUUUCUGGACAAAGGGGUGUACGGGUUAUUUUACUAUGCUGGCCAUGGCUAUGAACGGUCUGGGAGAAAUUACAUGGUUCCCGUUGAUGCUCCGCAACCCUACAGGCCUGAGAACUGCAUCAGUGUACAGAAUAUUCUGCAGAAGAUGCAGGAAAGGAGAACAGCUUUGAAUGUUGUACUCUUAGAUACGUGUAGGAAAUGGUAUAAUGCUGACUGUGGAUUAUCAAAAGUGAAUCCUCUCAAACCAUUUGGAAACACUGUCUACGGCUACGCCACGUGUGAGAAUGCAGAGGCCUAUGAGGUACAGGAUGGAAAUUCCAGCUCUGGGAUAUUCAUGACAUAUCUAAAGAAACAUAUUUUAGAAGAAAAAAAGGUUACCCACAUGCUGGAAGAUGUCCUAGAAGAUAUUGGAAGAGACCCUUUGAUAACAGGAAAGCAAGUCAUGGAAAUCAAACACACACUAACAGAGUCUCGAGCUUUGACUGACAGGAUCUGCAGCCUACAAAGUGAGCGCUUAAACAGAAAAACAUUGGACAAGGAGAAUGAGCUGCCAAAACAGAUAUUGCUGUUCCCAUGCGGAGUUGAGGUAGAACUGAGCUUCCAGUCUGUAUUCUCCAACAUCAUCCAUGUUUUUGCCAGGUUGAUCCAAACUCCAUCAUAUAUGACUGACAUAAAAACCAUUCUUUAUAGAUCCUCUGACUUGGCAGAGCUUUCCAUACCAAACAACUGCAGACUGGGCCACGAGGACUCUCUUCUGGCUAUGGGAAGUAAAGAGGAAGCGGCAGACUGUAAGCUGAGACUUCCAGGACUACAAAAAUGUCAGAAUGACAUCUUCAUCAAACUUGACCUGCACUGCACAAACAUGGGCACAGGUGUCCGCUUACAAGAGAGCCUGGAGCACAAGAUUCCCAAACCUUGGGUAGCAAGAUUAUUCAGCCAGAAAGAUGCCUGUUUGUUGGACAGGAACAAUGCUGCUGGUAGUUCAGACAGUGGGACUGCAGUGAGACUGCAGAGCAACACAGACUCCCAUAAGAGACUGGGACAUGCAGGUGGAAAAUCUUUAGGAGCUCCGUCACAGUCAAGCAUUGAGCCUGAAGAAAAUGAUGAAGGUGACAUUUUUGCUGCUUAGUGAAAUGUCCUGCAUGGGCUAAAGACAUUAUCUCAGUAUGUUCCAAACACACAGACUGGAUUAUCAUAUAAGGACUAUGAAGCGGAUACAGCAAAAUCUGCCUAAUCUAACCUAUGCCUUUUUUUCAGAUGAAACAGACUUUAGUGCAGAACCUCAUAUCCCAUUUACUUAAGUGGGGAAAAGGCAGUGAUACAGUUCAGUGGGUUGUGCUCAGAAAAGAAACCCCCUUAUUUGCUUUCCCACAAGAUAUACACUUGUUUCAGAUGAAAGGUUAAAAAUAAAUACAGGUUAGGGUGCUGUUCUUCCCUCUCCUAGUCUGUAACAUGUUGUUGUUGAAGUAGAGCAAUAUUCUGCAGAUACACAAUGUGCUUACUGAACUAAUAUGCUCUAAAUAAACGUCUUUUCAGCAAGUGAACUGUAAAGAGGUUCCAGGUACUAUGAAUUUACAGGUCUAUAUAUUCAGUUCUCAUAAAAGCUAUGUUCCUUGCUGCCCUCAUACAAAGGACUGUUGAUUGUGCCAGUAAAUAUACUUAGGUCUGCUCCAUCUUUAAGUCUUAUGGUACAAGCAUUUCUACAAUACUGCUACAUGUCUGUAUUAAACUGAAAGAUCCAUUUUCAGUAAUCCUACCCAAACAGUACUGUUAGGGGCCGAUUCACUAAAUUCGAGUGAAGGAUUCGAAGUAAAAAAAACUUUGAAUUUCGAAGUAUUUUUUGGGCUACUUCGACCAUCGAAUGGGCUACUUCGACCUUCGACUACG